ACGGCGCUCAUCAGGAUGGUGUGGAACAUCACGGCUAUCACGAUGGAGAGAAGAAGCAUAUAAUUGUUCGAUUGUCGUAGAUUUGUUAGUGGAGGCAGGUUUUUACAAACGCUUCAGAGCAAACAAAGGGGAGAGUUUUGUCAGCACCACACGAAAGUAGGAUCAGGAGUCGAAAGAUCUCCUUGCUUAUAAACAGUAUGAACAUAACAGAGGAUGAUCUAUCCAUGGAGAUGUACGACUAUGAUUAUAACUCCACCUGUGAUCAGGAUCCCAGUCCGGAUUUAACUGAUAGAGCCACGGUCCUGCCGGUUCUUUACUACACGCUGUUUUGUCUCGGCCUGCUCGGCAACGCCACAGUUCUCUGGUUUCUUCUCCGGCACAUAAGGCUGAAGACGAUGGCUGAUGUUUGCCUCCUCAACCUGGCAUUGUCUGACCUCAUACUGGCUGUAUCCCUGCCCCUCUGGGCCUACAAUUCCCAGAGCGUGGCAAUAUGCAAACUGAUGACCGGAGUCUAUCAGUUGGGUUUCUACAGCGGGACGUUGUUUGUGACCUUGAUGAGUGUGGAUCGCUACCUGGCCAUCGUCCACGCUGUCGCAGCCAUGCGAGCCCGGACGCUUAGCUAUGGAAUCACAGCCAGCAUCACUAUCUGGGUUAUAUCUGUCUCUGUGGCGAUCCCUCAGGUGAUAUUUGCCUCCUUGGAGAUAGAUCCAGAUGAUAACAGCUGGCAGUGCCAGCCACUGUACCCAGAGGACAUGCAGCGGUUUUGGAAGAUGCUGCGAAACUUCAGUGAGAACCUUGUGGGCCUUUUUGUGUGCCUCCCCAUCAUGAUUUUCUGCUAUGUGAAAAUCCUUGUUGUGCUGUCCAAGUCCAGGAACUCCAAGAAGGACAGAGCUGCAAAGUUGAUAUUCACCAUAGUGUGUGUGUUUGUGGUGUGCUGGGUCCCCUACAACGUCACGGUUUUCCUGCAGACGCUGCAGCUGUUUGAAAUCCUGAGCAACUGCGAGGCUUCAAAAAACAUCAACUCUGCCAUGAACUUUGCUGAGAUCAUCGCACUGUCUCACUGCUGCGUAAAUCCAGUCAUCUAUGCAUUUGUAGGGGAGAAGUUUAGGAAGUCACUGGGCAAUGUGCUCGCUAGAUACCUCUGCUGGGGUCACCAGAGCAGACGGACUCUCAGCCCGAGAGACACCACCGAGAAAGAGACGUCCAACACACCCGUAAAAUCAGAUUAUUAGAAUGAUGAAUACUGCUUGCUUCUGUGCUGUGGUGGAGGGUGCAUGUGUGAUGUAAUGAUGUUUUUAUUUCUCUAUUCAGAGGUUGCAAAAGGGAAAGUGUGUGUGUGUGUGUGUGUGUGAGGUGUUAUGUGUGUGGUCUGUGAUUCUAAGAGCUGCAAUCUUACUCAUUGAUUACCAGUAAGGAACGCUUCCUUUUAAAAAUAUAUAGAAAUCCAUGAAGCGUUUGUUGAAAUCAUGCAAUUUUACCCGUAUUUGUAGCUUGUAGAAAAAAAAAA